UUCCUAAAUCAUAGCAUUGUUGCAUCGCAGCAUCGGAGCAUCAUGUUCAUCGCACUCAAUACCUCUCUCGCCGGCGACGCAAUCUUUGAAGACAACAACGGCAACCUCCUUCGAUUCUUCCUGCCCUCUUUAAAUUCGUCUUCUUCCCAGUCAGCUCCAUGCUCUAGGGUUUCAUUGAUUCCAGAGAAGGGGAGAAAUUGGGAAUUCGAGUUCUAGCUGCCAUCACCAUGGGACAAACUCUCUGCUUCUUACGAGAUAAAGCCCAAGGAAAAUUGCAAGUACGAAGGAUAUGUGACAGAGUAUUUGAUCAAUGUGCCGACAAUAACCUUUUAUUAUUAGACAAACUUCAUGUUGCUACCCUAAUGGUGUAUAAUUCAGUGAACAAGCAAUUACUUAGUCCUCAUAAGGAACCUCCUUCGUUGGCAAUAGUAAGAGCUACAGUAGAGGAUUUUCGUUCAGAAUACAAAGGACUCGACAAAAACCAGUUCUUUGAUUUGAUCAUGGAGUGGAUUCACAGGGACCUGCGCCUAGUUCUUGCAAACAGGGUAAUACUUGCUCUAUUGGCCGCUCCUCUUUUGGCAAUUAAAACAAAGAGUGCGGCAAUGAAAGUGAAAAGGAUCCGCAACGUUGCUGAGAAAGUCCCAACUCCCCUUAUAAUUUCUGCUUACUCAGUUGGUCUUGUUCUUCUUCAGGACAGCAGGGUGAACUAGAAGCCAGGAGAAACUAUCAAUUUGAAAUCUGAAAGUUCUAUCACUUUUAGAGAAAUAAAAAAUUUAUUUGGGAUGGUUUUAUUACUGCUUUCUAAAGUAAUUUUUUAGUACAAAAAUUUUUUAACUAGAAAUUUUUAUAUAAAAAAUUGCUUUAGAAAGCUACUCCAAAUGAAGCCAAAGUUUGUUAAAGUGUGGAAUAAGUGUUCUAUGUAUAGCUUACAUGUUAUCUUCUUUAA